CAAAGCAACCUGGAGAUUGUCCACGUUUACAGCUCAGUCACCGCUGCUCAGCUCCACAUCUGCAGCUUCGGCCCUUUGCGCGCACAGGAACACAGGCCUUACAUUUAUUCCUUUUGUGGCUUUUAUUGCCACUGUUCAUCGUUUUGAAGCCCCGUAAGUUAUUUGAUGUGACUCUGUAAAAAUGUUUUCCGGAUGCUUUGUCUUUUUCCUCCUCAUUACAUGGCCUCCUGUGGACUGUAAUCCCAGUCCAGUGUUAGGAGAAGUAGUCGUGGACAGUUACUUCACCCCGAAAGUCUGUGCCAGAAAUGCAAAAAGCGGGGAUUAUGUUCGCUAUCACUAUAACGCCACGCUCACCGACGGAAAAACCUUUGAUUCGAGUCACCAAAGAGGAGCCGCCAAAGUCGGUCUGUUAGGCGAGGGUCGGAUCAUCGCUGGCCUGGAUAAAGGUCUGCAGGGAAUGUGUGUGAAUGAGCGCAGGACGAUCACAGUCCCACCCCAGAUGGCCUAUGGAAGCACCGGCGCAGGUGACGCGGUUCCUCCAGAUGCUACUCUUGUGUUUGACGUCCAUCUGUUGGAUCUGUGGAACAAGGCCGACCUGGUUGUCACCAAGACCAUCACCACGCCCAGAGACUGCAAACGCUCUGUGAUGCGCACUGACUUUGUGCGCUACCAUUUCAACGGCACUCUGCUCGACGGGACUGUCUUUGACUCCAGCUACACCAGGAAGCAGACCCACAAUACCUUAGUGGGUGAGGGUUGGCAGAUCAAGGGUAUGGAUGAGGGCCUGCUGGGCAUGUGUGUGGGAGAGAUCAGAAAUAUUAUCAUCCCACCCUUCAAAGCCUAUGGAGAAAAAGGAUCAGGUACAGAGAUUCCCUCCCAGGCGACUCUGGUGUAUGACAUCCUGCUGGUGGACAUUCAUAACCCGAAGGACAACAUCACUCUCGAGGACCAGGUGGUGCCCAAGUCGUGCACUCGCAGGUCUGUGGUCGGCGAUUACAUCCGUUACCACUACAACGGCACCUUCCUGAACGGAGUCACCUUCGACACCAGCUACCAGAGGAACAGCACGUACAACACCUACAUUGGGAUGGGGUAUGUGAUUGCGGGUAUGGACCAGGCCCUGCUGGGAGUCUGCACUGGGGAGAGGAGGAGGGUCACCAUCCCCCCACACCUGGCGUACGGAGAGCAAGGAGCAGGCAACGUCAUCCCUUCUUCAGCUGUGCUGGUGUUUGACAUUCAUGUCAUCGACUUCCACAACCCCAGCGACAAAGUGGACAUCCAGAUCACCUACAGGCCUGAGGUGUGCAACGACACAACCGCAGAGAAUGACCUCGUCCACUACCACUACAACUGUACCCUGGUGGACGGCACGCUGCUCUUUUCCUCACACGACUAUGAGGACGUUCAGCAGACCGUGCUGGGGUCGGACAAAGUGAUUGACGGGCUGGACGAGGGCCUACGAGGCAUGUGUGCAGGAGAGAAGAGGCUGGUAACAGUGCCUCCUCACCUGGGCCACGGGGAAAGGGGAGCCACUGGUGUGCCGAGCAGCGCAGUGCUGGUCUUUGACAUAGAACUGGCGAGCUUCGAGAAGGGAGUCCCACCUGGUUACCUGUUCGUGUGGCUUGAGGACACUCCUGCAGACCUGUUUAAAGCAAUGGACACCAACAAGAAUGAAGAGGUGCCCCAAGAGGAGUUCGGGGAGUUCAUCAAGCUGCAGGUGGCAGAGGGCAGAGGUCGUAUUAAGCCUGGACUGAGCAUGGAGCAGGUCGUUGUGGACAUGUUCCAGAACCAGGACCGAAACCGAGAUGGAGUGAUCACUGUCGACGAGCUCAAACUGAAGGUAGAUGAAGAUAAGGAAAGGGAACAGGCGAAGCACGAGGAGUUGUGAUGAGUACACGAAUGCCUUUGUCUCAGGGAUAAACCCCCACACUUUAAAAACAAGAAUGAGAGACUUUUCCCCUACAGCAGCGUGAUCUAAUAUUGGACAGUUUUGUCAGAAAUGACAAGUGUGCAAAAAGAUGUGGUGCCUUUUGUAAUUUUGUAUGUUUGACAACUAUUUCCAAAAACCAAACCAGCACCUUCAUUUGUCCCUCAGAGCUAUGUUAAUUAAAAUGUAAGAUAAACAGUUAUUUUCAUACUUGCAUCUCUACAAAGGAAAACAGUGCACACAUUUAUGAUAAAUACAGGUGCAGUAACAGGCCUUUUUUCACAGCAGACAUUGGGUUGUCACAGUAGAAAAAGCACAGGUGUAGCUAACAUUAACCAGGGUUCCAUUAAGUGUCCAA